AUGAUUUCGCCGUUGACUUUGCGUGCCGUCUUCACCACUGACGCUGCCGCCACCUGGAAGAAGGGCAUACCGUGAUUAAUCAAUAAAUCAGAUGUCAGAAAAAAAAAACUUUCAAGUAACAAUGGCGUCUGGAAAAUUAAAAAUCAGUCCUACUUGAUUCCGAACUUUCGAUUCGAGACCUAAAAAACAAAGGAUCAGGAAUCGAAGGUACUCUGACUUCAACAUUUCAAUUCAAGUCUCCUCCCCUAAAGUCAGAUCCUAAAACCCUUUACAACAAAUAAAUUACAUACAUUGAAUAAUGAAAUAAAUAAAUAACUUAUAAUGCCGCCCGAAAUUCGGCGGAAAUCGAGGAGUAUGAAAAUCGCCACUGGAUGACGUCAUAAUUAGUUUUUCCUUCAUGGUUGUGAAUAGUGGAGCCAUCUUCUUAUGAAGUAGAGGGAGAAACAAGAACGCCUGAGAUAGAAGAAAAUUGUGGGCCCCACCACUGAAAAAAGGGAAGGUGGUUGAUUUGGUGAAGCCACGUAGUUUGGACAGCUAGAACGCGAGAUAGUAGACCGCAUCUGGCGGUUCGUUCCGGCUCGGGCCCGAGCGAGCCAUUACCUGACCUAGAGGACGAGCUCUACGGCGGCGCCACCAGCCUCCACUGCGUCUGUUGCUCUCCUCCGCCUCCCGGUGGAGCCGGGGAUCAUCCGGCGUCCUGCGUUCGACGAUAUCCGAGGUCCGCCAUCCGGCGGUGGUCUGCGGGCUGCUCGCUCUUCCGAGGCGUCGCCGGGGUCGCAGGAGUGAUGUGAGUUCGCCGGCCUUUCGUUCUUCCUGCAUCUUCUAUCUCUCCUCUGCAUUGGCCAUGCUUCGGUUCGGGUUGGGCUCCUUGUGACUGUUUGCUGAUGAUGAUGGUUUCGGGGUGGUCUCUUUUGUUGCUGUUGGUGUUGCUGAUGUUUUGGUGAUGGUGAUCGGGUUUCGUGGUGGUGGGCUUCUUCAGGUCCCGGCUAUGCGUGAAGAACUUGCCCAAGUACGUGGGCGAGGAGCGGCUGCGGGAUUUCUUCUCCCAAAAGGGAGAGGUGACGGAUGCCAAGCUCAUGCGCACCAAGUAAAUAAGUUUGAGCGUCCUAGUGAAACCGAUUAUGACUCGCAAAAUGCCCAGAAAAAUUCCUUGGUUUCCGGUUUACUUGCGUUAAUGCGUUUGUGUAUGGCAAUGUAUCUGGUGUAUUUUGAUGAAAUUCUUUGUUCAGGGACGGGAAGAGCAGGCGGUUCGCAUUCAUUGGAUUCCGCACUGAUCAAGAUGCCGAGGAGGCCAUUAAGUUCUUCAAUAAUACCUAUCUGGACACAUGCCGGAUCACCUGUGAGGUAUUUCUGCUCCCUUUUUCUGUCUCUCCCUCACCCACUCUUCUCACCCGUUUCUUUUUUAGUCCUCGAAGAAAUUAAAGUAUACGUUCUAUCCCUUGAAUUUUAUGUUCCUUCUUACCUCUCGAAACCUGGCUUGCAUCAUCAGUUUAUGGGCUGUUUUCAUGGUGAUGCCUAGGAAGAGAGGUACCACAGGAAGGUUUAUCCCGGGUCCUGGGAGCGACCUUUCCAGCCCCGCACGCCUUGGUCUCCUUAGUGCCUUGACCGCAUUAUUUGUUGUCUUAACGGUCUUAUUUGAUGUCUUAUUCGUGAAAUUUAAUAUUAAUUCGAUAUUAGUGGAUUAACACACUUAGCCACGAAAGUUCUAUAGGAAAUGAAGGAUACUACUGGUGGUGAAGCAUGUUAUCCCAUCUUUGAGUUGAAUUUAUUUACUUUUAUCUUUGUGGGGGAAAAAGGACGUUUAUCCUGUAGACCGCAGGGGGUUCUAUUUGUCAACCCUCAAAACAUGGCCUGGUAUUAUGAAAUUCUUAACCAAUAAUACAAAGUUGCCCUAAUGAACGUAUAAAACAUAUUUCUAUCUUACUAAAGGAGUGAAUCUAUUCGCCGUCAAAGUCGCUUCCCAAAGCUAUUAUUUAAGAUAAAUAUCUCUUCGCCCAUCUAUACUUAUAAUGCUCAUAUCUGUGCGCUUUCAAUGUCAAAAUACUUGCUACUAUUUUUUACUUUGUUCCUUUGGCUAUUUGGUUAUUUUGAGAGCACCUAGAAUGACUGUAUUGGUGCACAAUAGCUCUCCUCAUCAGCUUGUUCUUGGAAGAGGAGACGCUCCUGUUGGAGCUGUUCUUACCUACCUUAGCUUGUGUCGUUUUAGGUUGCUCACAAAGUUGGUGAUCCCAACAUUCCACGGCCUUGGAGUCAGUAUUCAGCUAAGAAGAACAGCCAGGUGAAUGCAAAUAACGUUGUAACAGAGGACCAAAAUGCUAAUACCAGGACUCUUUUGGAGUCCAAAGGAAUAGGAACUGUAAAUGAGACGGCAAAAGCUUCCAAGACUAGUUUAAGUGAUGAUCCUCGGCUUCAGGAAUUUCUUCAAAUUAUGCAGCCAAGAGCCAAGUCAAAGUUUUGGGCUAAUGACACUCUGGAAUCAUUCCUUUUUGCGGAUAAAAGUGGCCCAAACGAAGCGAAAGGAGCACUUUUGAGUGAAGGUUCCGAAAAGCAAGCAUCCAAAAAGGGGGUUAGCGUUGCAGAUGAAAGCAAGAGGGGAACAAAAACAGAUCCGGGACUACCAUUUGGAAAUACACAAGAUGAGAAUUCUGAUACUUCAACAGAGAGUGAAAUACACGAAUCAGUACAGGAUGAAGUCAUCUCAGAUAUGGAUUACCUUAAAAGUAGAAUCAAGAAAACCUGGUCUGACUCUGAGAAUGAUGAGGAAGACAACAUAGAAGCUGAAGAAAGCGAAAAAAUGAUCGUAAAAGGGAAUGAAACGUCUGUUGGUGGCCAACAAGCUAGGCCUAUAGAUGGGAUCAAUGAUGGGGUUAAUUUAGAAGAAGAUUCAGCUAGGGGUCAGGAUGAAAACGAGAACAUCCACUCAGGCCGUGCUGAUUAUGAUGAAACACCUUGCAACACUGGUCGCCUCUUUAUCCGUAAUCUGCCAUACACAACAAUGUACGGUAACACAAAAACUCAACCAUGUGAUUUUCUAUGUUACAAUAAAUUGAUUUUGUAAACCCUAAAUUCAUUCUCUUUUAAUUUUAUUUGUCGGCUGUGUGGAACUAGUGAAGACGACCUAAUGGACCUUUUUAGUAAAUAUGGUGAUGUUUCACAAGUUCACAUUGUCGUGGACAAGGAUACUAAACGAUCAAAAGGUAUUGGCUAUGUACACUAUGUGCAUCUGGAAUCUGCAGCUAGGUAACGAAAUUUGCUGAUCCAUUCCUUUUUCUUUUACUCUUUCGGUGAAUCCAAAUAUGUGAGCUGUCAAUACGUCAACAUGAUGAAGUCAGUACAUUAUUUUGUGUUAAGCAUUUGGCGUUUGGAUUUCAUUUUGAUAAGUAAAUUCUAUUGCAUUAUCUGCGAUCUAUAAUAUUCCUUAGAUAUUGCUUCAUGGUCAAAGAAAAUUUCCAAAAGAAGCUGGUUGAGAUGCCUGUAUUACCCUCCUAUUCUCCUUUCCCAAUUUUUACUAAUAAUAUUGAAAAUCACACAACUUGAUAGCAUGCAAGGGACAGACUGAUCACUGGUUAACGUUAUAAUUGCUGCUAACAUUCUUUCAGUGGAUCGAUGAUGACUAUCCACAAGAAGCUGGUUGAAAUGCCUGUCUUGCCCUCCUAUUCCCCUUUUCCCUAUUUUUACUGAUGAUAUUGAAAAUCACACAACAUGACAUGCAAGGGACAUACUGAUCGCUGAUUAACGUUAGAAUCGCUGCUAACUCAUUAGCUAGCAUGCUACAUUUCGCCCCCUUUUUCUUGAUGAUUUAAGAGCGGGAAUUACUAGUUGUUCAUUAGAAAAUGGGGAAAAUGAGGCGUAAGUUAAAUGAAUUCCCAUGUUACUCUCCAUUACCGAAGUUUUUGAUUGUAUCCUUGACAGUUAACUCUAAUUUAAUUGAAUAAGACCGCUGAUUAUACCUUAGACUAACCAAAAGAUAGAAAUGUUAUAACAUCAAACCCUAAAAAAUUGAUGUCUCUGCAAGAGAACAUAAUAAGUUGUCUACAUAGUUCUUGGUAAUGGGGAAAGGCUUAUUGUUGAACCAAUGCUUAGUUACAUUGGCAGCAACAUAAAAAAAGCAAGAAGGAGAUGGAAGAUGGAUACGAAGGUGGAACUGCUGGCAUUGCUGUUGGAUGCCUCAGGAAUAUUUUAUUGAACGUUGAAUUUUAGGAUAUAGAGGGAGAUGUCCUGUUAGUAACAUAGUAAGGUGAAGAAGGGGACAGAAUACAGCUGUUGCAAGCUGUAAGUGCUAUCAAUUUCACUGUUUUUUCCUCCAAGGAUUGUUCCAAAUUUUUUUUACGAAACUAUUGUUAUUAAUUAGGUGAUUUAUGAAAACUAUAUUCUAAAUACUCAUUUUAUUUACUCUUUUGUGGAGAAUCUAAUGUGACCUGAAUCAGGAUCAGAUAUCUGAGAAACCGAUUAGAUCUAGAAAGUCUUGUUCUUUGCCAUUUUGAUUAAUUUAUGUUCUGCCUUGUGGCGCAUGUUGUUUUUGUGUCUCAUUUCUACCAGUGUUCUUCUCCAUCGUUUUUACAUGCUUGUAUUGUUAGCAUCCUCCACCUAAAGUCAUCCUCUUCCUCCUAAUGAAAAUGAUGGUACAAUUUUCUUCCUGAUGUUUACUAUUGUCCAUUAGAGUGACAGCGAUCAUUAGGACUUUGGGGAGAAUCACGUCCCUAACAGUGUUCGAAUAUUUAACAUCGGGCCAGUUUGUGUCUAGGGUUCCUAGUGUCUCACUUUUCUUAGACGUUUUUUAAUUUUAUGUUUUUUGUUAUUUUCUUUUAACUGUUUAGAAGAAGCUCGUCAAGUACAUCUUGCUUUGAUUCUUUGAUAGAACCUGAGUGAGAUGAUAGCAGGCAAAUGAGGUUCAGUUGCAUCAAGGUGGGCUUCUAAAAUUUCCUGGAUAGCAACUAAAUUUUUUUCUGCUUUAGGCUAAUGAUUUAGGAGCAAGACGGGGUUCUGAUAUUAUACUUCUGAAUUAUGUUCUCUUUCUCAUUUUAUAUCACUCUAGGUCUGGACCAUCAAUUCGAUGGAUUCUUUUGAAUAGAUCCGAAUGGGCUUCCGUGACUCAAUUUUUUGGCUUGUUGAAUAAUUUAGGCUAUAAUUGUCUCUCUUAGCUUAGUUGUAUGCCUUCCUCCUCAUGAUGUCCACUUCUACUAACAAAUGAGAUCUAAAUAGUGUAGUGAACUCUUUCUGCAGGGCGUUAAAAGAACUAGACAACUCAAUUUUUCAAGGGAGAUUGUUACAUAUUAUGUGUGCAAAACCACAAAACCCAUCUGUUGAAAGACAAGAGUAAGAAAGAAUAUGCCCAUUGUAACAGAUUUUCUAAUUAUGUCGCUCAGUGUUUGAUUUAUCAUUUUUUCUAUUCUUUAAAUCUCCAGGUCUAAUCCUCCGCUAAGUUUAAAGCAGAAACGUGAAGAACAGAGGAAGGCAUCAGAAUCUAGUGGUGAUACACGAGCAUGGAACAGUUUGUUCAUUCGUCAAGAUACUGUAUACUUCUUAUCCAUGGUGUAAGCUGUAUAUUUCGUAUCCAUUUGCAAACUGUUCCACAAAAGGCUAACUUAUUGUUAGAGUAAGAAAAUUUGUGCAGCUAUCUCUUACUGCUAUUUCAUGUCCUAGGGCAUGGUCAUAUGGGUAUGAUGACUGAUCCUUUGCUAUAUCAAGACUCGGAUUAUUCCUACUCACUUCGAGUUGAUAAAGUUCUGGAUAGACCAGGAUUGUCUGAGUUGCACUAGUUCUUGCUAAAACAUUCUUAGAAUAAUAUAAUCCUCUUUCCAGCUGUGAAAUAUAUGGUUUAUCUGAUUCUUAUGCUAACGAGGAUUUGAAACAUUGAAAACUGACCGGAUUCUUAGGGUUGCAUUGUUUAAUAUUGAGUAGGAAAUCCCCAAAGCAGGCAAAUAUACAAGAGAAGAAGCUGCUGAACAUCUGCCAAACUAUGCAAUGGAUUUUUGGCUAUCUGUAGCUGGAGUGAGACUUGUUUUUGUGUUGAUGCUCAGAUGAAUAGGAAUAGGCAGUUUACUGGCGCAGGUAUAAUAUCUGCUAGAACAGACUGUAUCUGAUUGUGUUAUCGUAAGCUUGAAUACUGACUCUGAACAAGCUCUGAUGAAACUUUUUGGAGGUUCUUCAAUGGCUGCAGUUAGAAGGAUGAUGAGCCACUGGAGCUUUGAGGAACUUUUUCCUAUUCCAUUGGGUUCCACUGAAUCCUAAACUAUAAAGGAUAGGUUAGAUGUAAAUAUGACACAACCAAAGAGGGAGGAUGCUAUCCCUCAAAUGCAAUGGAUGAAAUAAAAAUUCAUUUUUAUAUAACUACAAGAGUGAUGACUGAAAACUGAGGGGCCAUUCGAAAUAAAAAGCUUCAUUUUACUCAAAUCAGAGGCAGUAGAUGCAAUACCAGUGCCUGAGGUUUUUAUACUUUUAAUCUGGGCAAUGUAGGUUCUGGAAAGAAUUAAAAUUUGUGAUAGACAUUAUCUAGCAAGUGUCUAGCAAGGAUUCUGCUUGGAAGAAAAAUGUGCAUGAAAUCCCCCAUGAGAGAGGGCAUGGGUGGGAUAUAGUCCCUCCCAUUUUGAACUUAGAUUGAGAAAAGCAUUCCUUCUAUUGUAACUCUCGACAGAAGGAAAAGAGAAUUUUAUUAUUUGUCCGAAAAAGUAUCGAGUAAAGGCAUAUGGUGGGAAGUUGCAUACAGGGAUGCAAGGCAAUGAGGAAUAGAGUGGGCAUAAGGAGGUUCCAGUGAGGGUGUGAGUCAUGUAGAAUGACUGGAUCGAGACUCAGAAUUGGGGUUAGCAAUCUCCAAUCGGAUACUGUGGGAAUAGUGAUGGGUCACUACCUGAGUCUCUACCUUUAACUGUAUCUGCUAUCACCAAUCACGUCCUCAGUUGUCUCUUCGUUCAAAUUGAUACUGUCGUCUGUUGGCAGUUAUUCCACAUAUGAAUGGAAAUUCAAAAAUGAAUGAAUUUUGUUUUGUGUUCGACUGUUCAAUGGAGAGCUUCAUCUAUCAUUUAGACACACUGAGGAAUAAGAAAAUAGCUGACUGGAACAUGGGCAAGUGCUCCUUCAACUCAGAACAUCACUUCAACUCCCCCCCUCACCCCACCCAACACACCAAACUCAUUUUCCCACUUUUCCUUUAUUUUCCAUUUUAUGAAAUCUAAUAUGUUCCUCUCAGUGGAAUCCUAUUUGCAUGUGAGUCCGCUGCGUUAAUAUGGACAAAAACGAAGAAUAAAGAAGUGGAAUCACUGUUCACGCCUCAAAUAUUCACGACCCAGAUAUAAAUCAUUCUUAUGUCCUUCUCGAGUCAUAUUAUGUUUUCGUCACCUGAAUGUUCUUGGCGCCUGGAGUUAUCUUUUUUGUCUACUGUCUGUUACUAUAACAGUAUUAUAGAUUUUGAACUCUACUCUGUUUACCCUGAAGUUAUGACCUCUCGAGUGCUGAUACAGGCAUUGCUUAGCAUGUGAUGGCUCCUUUUACUUCAUGAGUUGAUUGCUGCGAUGUAACUGAUGCUUAAUUUGUUGGGUAUGGUUUUUCCGUUUUACCACGUUUCCAAGUCACGUUAUCUCUUUCUUAAAACUUGAGCAACUGAAAAUUGCGAUGACUCUGGUUCUCUUUCGUAUUUUUGAAAAUGUGUUGCAAUAUUCAAAUGUUUUUGUACUAAUGAAAUUCCGGUUAUGCAAGUUUCUGACUGUAAAUUGUCUGUAAAACUUUCCUGACAAUCAUUGUGAAUAUUGGAUAGGUUGUUGAAAACAUUGCUAGAAAAUAUGGUAUUGAUAAGAGCGAUGUACUGAACAAAGAAGCAGAUGACCUUGCUGUACGCAUUGCCCUGGCAGAAACACAUACGAUAGCAGAGACAAAAAAGGCUUUGAAAUGUGCUGGAGUUAAUGUUGCUGCUCUUGAGGAGUUCGCUUCUGGAAAGGGCAGUGUUCGGAGAAGCAAUCAUGUGAUUUUGGUGAAAAACUUGCCUUACAGUUCCUCUGAAGGAGAUCUCACCAAAAUGUUCGGUAAAUUUGGAAGUUUAGAUAAGAUCAUUCUUCCUCCAACCAAAACACUAGCUCUGGUAUGAAAUUCUUGCAAUUCGUCACUUCCUAAAUCCUAAUGCUAUUUUUUUUUUCAAAUUUUAAAUUAUCAAUGUUUAUUUUGUCAGUUAAUUACUUGUAAAUACUUUAGGGUAAGCAUUCACUCCAAUAAUUUUGAUAGCAUUUCCAUUCAAAAGUUUACCCUUUAGAUGCCCUUUUCCACGAGGAAAGAUUGCAAUAGUGGAUCCCACUUGCUAAUUUCUGUCCAUCAAGUGUAUUCCCUUGGAUUUAGCUUCUAUUACGACCUUUAUACUGUUUUUGAAGCCUUUGGAUGAGUGCUAGUUUUUUGUGUACAAAGUUUGAAGGUUACCCUGUGACAUACGCACCACAGUUAGGUUAAGUCCACUCUAAGUUCUUUGACAGUUGUACUCCUGUUUAGUACCUUGGGGGAGUUUCGGGUGACCAUCAGGGAGGGGAUGAACUGAAACCUCCUUUAAGAAUAUUGAUGGCGUAUCCUUCGUGGUUCAGCUCUCAUCUUUCAUUUGAUUGUGCAGGGGGUCUUAUUCCCUGCCAUAUUUUUGUUGGUUGACCAUGCGACUUGUCAUUGAGGGAUUUUUGUAGUGUCUACUUGUUUUUUAUUGCGAUGUUUUGUGAUUGGGCCAGGUCAUCAUUACCAGCAAACAAUUGUAUACCAUCUAUAUAUCAUCUAAUUUUGCUUUUAAAUUUUAUUUGUCAUCAUCUAAGGAAGGGCCCAACAUGUUUCACCAUGCCCAUUUCCAACAUGCCGAAUGUUUUUGCCCUUUUGAUUUUUCGGAUGUAGUCAAUUUUUCACAUGUUAUGUUCUCGGUUUUGUUUAUAAGUUACUGAAAAGAGAUAAGUAUAAUUGCCAAACGAAAUUCAAAUUUAGAAGAGAUUGUUUUCUUGAUGUCCCUUGGAAGUUUGGCCUGAAAAGGAGUUUUGAGUCGUAGGACAUGCUGAAGGCUGCUUCCUAGACUAUGUGUUGUUCCGUGUGGAGCUAGAAAAGUUCAUAGGGUGUUAAGGAAAGUUUGUCUGAAUUUUCUGGCAUCUACUGUUUGUCGAGAGGUUACUUCGGGGGAAGCUGCAUUCUCUUGUUGGAUAUGGAAGGGCUUAACUUUUGAAUCUUUUUUCUGUUUAACUCAGCUUUUUGGCUAUUUAUUUGACGAUAUUUUGUCUUUUCGAAUAGGGGUCCUCCGUGAGUUCAGUCAUGAAAAAUAUCUUUGAUAAAAUCCUAACUUGAAUAAGGACAAAUUUGGAUGUUAGGCUAAAAUUCAGGCAUUGUAUGAUAUGGUACUUCUCUACGCGAAAUAUCUGGUGUUGUCCAAAAAAAUGUUUGUGUUCCUUAAUUUGAUUGCUUGGUGAUCUUAUGAAAGCCUUUGUAAUGGUUUUUUUACCGUCCACUCCAGCUAUCAAGUCAACUCUUCAUUUGCCUUUGUUUUUUUCGUGUUGUGCUUGUUCAUUAAUGUGUAGUCAUCAUCAUGUUUAACCAGCCAUUUGUAUCCUGAGAAAACAUAUUAAUCAUGACGAACCACACUUCUUAAAUUUCCGAUAACAUUUGGCCAAUCAACCGAUCAUAGCCUUUAUUCUACUUGACCUGGGAUGCGGGUUCUGAGGUUUGAAUUUAGCUCGAUCUGGAAGCACUUUUGUCUCUACAGGGGUUUACAUUGCUUCAAUUCGUUGUCCAAGUACAAGAGCAUUUCCUUCCGAUAUAAAAGUUACUCCAUUGGUGUAAUUUCCCUAUCAGAAAACAUAGCCAGGGACUAACGGUGAAAUUUCAGAUAGUUUUCAGCAGCUUCUUCUAUAAGAGAAAAUGAAGGACCUCGGGUGUGAGGAGAGCCAAGUGGAUUGUAAGUUAGGCUCAUGCCAUAUUUAUUCGUUGUGAUGGGCUUCACGCCAUCAAUAUCAAGUUGGUUGUUUGGGGUGAAGAACAGGAGGGUCGAGUGGGUUAUAUGUAAGCAAGGUAAAUGGCAUCCUUUAUAUUCAUUCUCAUAGUGAUGUGCUUUACACCAUCAAAAUAUCACGUUGACAGUAUGGCCGAUGGGCCUAAUGUAUUAUAACCAAGCAAGGGAGAUUUUCAAAAUCUCCCUGGCUUGGUUGUUAUUUUAAAUAGUUCUAGGCACCUGGUCAUUUAGUUUCUGUCAGAGGCACGUUUUUAUGUUACCCCAUGACAAUAGGAACUGUUUAAAGCGAUUUUUAAGUUGUUCUGCUUGGGCUGAUGUAACUAGUAGCAACCAUUAAAAUUUCCCUUGGAUUUGAAUUUUAGCGAAAGGUAGUACGCAGCUUUCAUUACACCUCCAAUGAAGAAACAUUUGGGAGUCUUUCCGAGAUCUGCCAGGUACCAAAAUUGUAGUGGUUAAAUUGACUGUCUUUGGGGAUUUCUAUCACGCGACUAUGAGGCAUUGUUUUAUGACGAAAUCACAAUACAGGAAUCUUGCAUCCUCUUUCUUCAUCCAAGUUUUAUUGGUGUUCUCUGCUAUUUUAGUUUUCUACUGUUUUUUCAUUUGAAUUAAUAAGAUUGUAAUUGAUCUGAUAACAUUCUUUUCUUAUGAGCAAUUAUGCUUUUCUUCUGAAAUUCUCUUCCAUGCUAUGGCAGGUUAUUUUUCUUGAAUCGGCUGAGGCUCGAGCAGCAUUCAAGGGUUUGGCGUAUAAACGUUAUAAGUAAAUUAUUAUACUUUGGAAAAGUUCUAAUCGUGAUUUUCCUAGUGCUUAUUUAUAUCUAGUCUUUGUACGGUUUUUCCUUGCACAAACCACCGUAAUAUUUCAGUUUUUAAAACUCACUUUCUUUUCUAUCUGUGAUUUGUACACUAUAACAGCCUGACCGUUUCCCCUUAACGCCGAUUAUUUCAUAUUUUUUCUCAUUGAAGGCUAGUAAACACAACUGACCUGACAAAAGAAUGCAAUCGAAUCACAUGUCCCUCAACUUGAUCAAGUUCUCCAUUUGGCUUGGAGAAAGGUGUUGAAUAACAAUUGCCUUGACAUAGGCCAGGGGAGACCUAACUGAUUUAGCGCCUUUGGUAGUGCAUACUCAUUUCCUAAUUUCUCUGCUGUUUCUAGUUUUCUUAUGAUUCCUGUGAUGUGUUUCCCAUUGUAGUUUGUUAACACUAAGAAAUGACACCAGUUAUCCUGUACGUUUGCAUUAGAAAAACCUCAACAAUCUUUUGAGUGACAGAAAAAGAUGCUAGGAUUUCUUAUAUCGUGAUUAAUUGAUGUUGCAAUUUCGUUUAAUGACUUAAUUGGGUGGUCUUUCAAUCAACUCUUGCCAUAUGUUGAAAAAAAUUUCAAAGGACGCUUGAUGUAAUCUCUUUAUUAUUAUUUUUUUAAUGUAGGGAUGGUCCCUUAUAUCUGGAAUGGGCUCCUGGAGAUAUUUUGUCUUCAAAACCUGUUUCAGAAACGGACAAACAGGACAAUGCUGUUGGCAGAGAAGAAGUUACAAGAGUGGUAUUGGAGCAAAGCCUGAAACAAAUGCCUGAAGGAGAAAUCGAUCCAGAGAGGGUUGAGGUUUGGCAUUUUUCUUCAUCAUUCUAUGAGUUCUUGCCUGUGUCAUCAAACUAUACGAUUAAUAAUGAUUUUGUUAUAAAGAAACGUAUUAGAAUUUUAUUCGGUGGAAAAUAUUAUGAAUCCUAUAUUAUAUUUAUUGUCCUCGUCACAGUUCGGUUAACUUAGAAUUUGUUGGAGGAAACAAAGGAUUCAAGAAAUGUCAUUUUUUUUCGGUUAUCCUAUAAGACUCCUUUUUUAUUUAUUCGUUUGUUGGAUCAUCUGUAAGUUGAGAUUUGACCAUAUCUAGCCAGAAUUGGGUAACAGGUUGGCAUAAAUUCUGUUUCUUUCGGACAAAUGCACAGCAUACCUCAGGGUCUAAAAUCCGCUUGUAUUUUUUUCAUUGGAUAAAUGGACGAAUCUUUCUUGGGAUUUCAUGACCUAUUCUCCUCUUUGAUCAUUAUAAGAACGACAUAUUUCUGGGGAAAACGUUGUUACAGAGGUUGAUAUAUUUCUGUUCUUUUUUUGAUGUCAUGAGUUGGAACAUAAACUAAGUGGACUAGACGAGUGCUAUAUUCGCAGAGCAUGGCGACAUCUUUUAGGCAUGAUUGGACUUGGUUCAUAAUAUUGUUUUCAUUCUUAGAAAGAAUAUGUUGUGCUGUUCUAAUUUACAGGACCUUUUGUCCUCCAAAAUUCAGUUUGGUGAAGGGACUGUCUCCAGAACAUGUUGGGUAUUGGGGCCCGAUUACUUGGGUCUGAAAUUCAUUUAACAGGGGCGCAGACGUCCACUGGGGUACAACUGUUUUGGUCUAAUUAAUGAGACAAUUAUACCUCUACUAGUAACGUUAAUGUGGGACCCUUUUCUUCUAGUUUCAUUUUUAAACUCUUGUAUAAAUAUAUCUUUUGAGAGGUGUUCUUAGGAAGUUUGCACAUAACAUCGUUAGUUUAUGAUGAGAUGUGCAUCUGUUAAAGCACGAGUGCCAGACUUAGGAAGUUUUGAAAGGGAGGGACUGACGGGUAGAAGUGAGAAUGGUGAUGAACCACCAGCUCUGUGUUGGGGGUUGAGUUGGGACGAGAGAUGGGGGCAGUUGGGAAGAGGAUGAGUGGUUGAAGAGCAGGGAGAGCUUGGUGGAUGGAGAUGAUAGUAGGGAAGUGAGGACGUUUGCCCUUCUCAACAACAUACUAUUGCCAUGUUUAGGUGCAGUCUGCCACCUGCAAGUUAUGGGUGACCUGACUGCAGGCACAAGUAUAAUGGAAGCUUUGCUUACACAACGGUGUGUUGGUGAUCAAGGAUAGUGUUGCUGGGUGAGUCCACUACUGUUGCUGUUCUCGAGUAAUGACUGCCUGCCACUAGAGGCAGUAAUGAAGGGAAGAAAAGUUCAGGGGAGAGAGGUACUGGAUUCGGGGAAGGAGAUUAUAGAGAUUCAGAAAAGGCUGCUUUUCAGUUGUAAGAGUCAAGCUUUGCAGUGAGCAAAGGGGCACGAAAUUAGGAGGAUUAGGUUUCUCCCUAAAGCCUUGCAACUCUUGUGCUGAGGCCUGUAAAACUUUGAUGUGAAGACAUGUUUGUUAGCAGACUACUACUGUUAAGAAAGAGUAGGCUUUAAUGCCAUCAAAUAAUUUUUUUGUUUAAUUACCCAACCUUGAAGAACAGGAGUCAUGUCAGGGAGAGAUGUCCAAAUUUUUGAUGAACCUCGGAUGCAGAAGCUUUUGCAAGCCGAACAUAUUUCUUUUCGAAUUUUCAAUGGCAUGCUUGUGUAUCUCAAGGACGUUUGCUAAAAUUUUCGCAUCAUCUAGACUGUUCAAGUUCAUGGGAUUGGCCAACCCAUGGUCAUCUUUUUGUUGAAUUUUUUUUCCCUUUUUGUUUAGAGGUCAUCAAUUGGUUGCUGUUCAAACUUCUAGUCUAUUUGCUUCUUUUCUUUCCCAUGUAUUUCUGUCUCGGAUUUCAUGUUUCUUCUGUGUCUAAGAAAACAUUUUAUGGUCUCGAAUCCUUUUAUCACGGUGGAAGUACCUGUCUUGGGCUAGUCAGAUAAGCGUGGUUGUGUACUUUUGGCCUUCAUCUUGUAGGCUUAACCAUUUUCUUGGCAUAAAUUGAAAAGGUCUGCAUAGUUGUUUCUCUUCUAGUCAACCUUCUCUCUCUCGUUCCUUUUGUUCCUCUGUUUCUGUGUACCCACAUUCUGAAAUGUUCCAUUUGUUUUCAAACCUUUGUUUUUCCAUUUUUCAUCAUCCUUGUCUUCAAUACGAUUCUUUAAUGUUUCUAAGAACAAAUAUGUCAUUGGGGCUAUCUGCGUUCCCUUUACCAUAUGGUUUUCUAGUGGGAAAUAUUUAAGAUAGCAUAAGAGAUCUGUGGUAGAUUUCCUUUCCUCAACGUGGAUUGCACUGCGUAUUCAUGAAAAUUAGAAGAAAAAAGGGUUAAAUGUGCUGUCGAAAGGAACCCCUGCACAGAAGCUCUAUAGUCUUCACCAAUGUGCCGAAGGCCAAAAGACGCCUAGACCACUCUCCAACCUAUUGCAGAUAUCAUUGAUCAUGGUCUACUAACCGAAUUUGCCUAUUUUCCAACGGUUCAUCUACUUGGUAUCCGUCGUCAAUAUCAAUGACCAGAGCUCCUCCUAUCUUAUGGUUUAAUUUCUGCCAAGUUCUUGUGGAAGCUCGCUUUGAAUGAAUAGGCGCUCCGGUGAUGCUCUGGUGAAACUAACGUGAAUACCACUACUAAGGUAGACGACUGAUUACGGAGGGUGUUUCUUCCACGUCAAAAAUCUUAACCUUCCCAUGGGCUACAGUAUUUCAGAUUAGAGAAGCCAUUUCAUUUGAUGCCUAAUAAUUCCAUCUGCGAGGAUAUCAUUAUCUAAGUAGAGAGUAGCUCCAUCUCUUGAUUUCCGCCAACACUGGCCCGCCUCUGUAGUUGAUAACCCUCUCAUUCCGAAAGUCUAGGGAUAUCCAUUUCCUUGGGAUUCUCUUGAAAAGUUGAAAAUCACACGUCUCUGCCCUCAUAUUAGAAUCCUCUGCGACUGUACCACAAUCAUCUUUCUUUGAUUUUCUGAUCCUCUGAUCUUUUGGUUGCCGAUCAACACUGACGCUAAUGGACUAUUGUUCAUGUUUAAACUUAUGUUGCCGUUGUAUGAAAUACACUUCAAAGCGAAUAUUCUUAACUAAUCUCUCCAAGUGUUGGCUGUGUUAUAUACCUACUUCUAUCGUAUAUUCCUGGUCUAUGUUUGGAUGCUUUAUGGUCUUGUUUAAUUGUUGACUGGAGUUCUGAUUUUGUUGGCAGUCUCGAUCGAUCUUCGUGAAGAAUUUGAAUUUUAGGACAUCUGAUGAAGAUCUAAAAAACCAUUUUGUGAGCAAUAUUAAGAAGGGAGCUGUACGAAGUGUGAAGGUAAAUUUUUGUGACAUUCAAUCUCUCCACAGAUUCAUGAAUUCGUUUUCCUUAAUGUCACACUUUUCCCUCUGCAGGUGAAGAAACACAUAAAAAACGGGAAAAAUGUAUCUAUGGGUUAUGGUUUCAUUGAAUUUGAGUCUCUAGAGACAGCAACAUAUGUGUGCAGCCAGCUGCAGGUAUUAUAAUUUCCCAAGUUAAUAUUGCGGCCACAUCCUUGGACCCUUCAGUCACUUCUUCUGUAUAAUUGUUCCAUGAAAACCAUUGAACUAUUUUGUCCUUACCGCAGGGUACAAUUCUGGAUGGCCAUGCUCUCAUCUUGCAACUUUGCCACGCCAAGAAAGGUGACCAGACACCAAAAAGGGAUGAGAAAGAUAAAAGCUCAACAAAACUGAUAGUUAGGAAUGUGGCUUUUGAGGCUACAGAGAAGGAAUUAAGACAGCUAUUCAGUUCAUUUGGCCAGGUACUUUAAGAUCUAUAUAUUUUAACUAGCCAUUUCGUAAUUCAUCUUGAAAAUCAAUGAUACUGAUACUGACAAGCAUGUUUUUUAAUGUAAUCUCUAAGAUUCAGAUUUCAUGGAUAAGGCCCAGAAAAAAAUAAUAAUCAUGAAGUGUCUGAGCUUCUAUUUCCUUUUAACAUAUAUUAUAAACUUCUUAGUCUUUGAAGUUUCUGAGUUUUGUGUAUAGAGAAAGUUCUCUGAGCUUUUACUUAGCAUGUCUAAUUUCCAACUCCUAAACAUUUUGACGAAUUAAUUUGAUAAGAAGCCCACAGUAUCGAUUUCUGUGUUACAACAGGCCUUUAGAUGAUUUUAAAAUAGAGAUAUUUGAAACAACUAAAAAGCUUCGAUGAUAAUAGGAAACGAUGUCAAUGAAAGUUUCUUCUGCUGGCUUGAGUUUUUGUUUUUAUCCACUGAUGCAUUGAAGUCCAUGGUGUAGAAUUUGGGUUCAUUUUUUCUAUUCAGUUCUCCGAAGAUGAUUUAUCAUUCUUUGCCAAACAUUCUGGGCAUUUGGCUUCAGUCUGAGACCCAUUCAAGCGAAACUCCCUUUCAUUUUGCUGCCUCGUUUCCUUUUUUCUUCCAUUAUUUCCAUUUCGGGUAGAGAAACACAGCAACCCACAGUCCCCUCCUCGUCCUAAACUAUAUGUUGACCGUAAUUCUUCCCCAUCUUCUCAGGUUCGUAAGCUAAGAUUGCCGAAGAGGAUCGACAACCACCGGGGCUUCGCCUUCGUCGAGUACGUCACGAAGCAGGAGACAGAGAAUGCGAUGCACGCCCUCUCGAGCACCCACCUCUACGGCCGCCGUCUGGUGAGUAGCAGCCCCCCCAUCUCCGGCAGCCUCCGCCGCGCAAAAGCCAGAGCAGCUUCGCUAACAUCCUCCGGUCGCGUCCCCUCGUAGGUCAUAGAACGAGCAAAGGAGGGAGAAACUCUUGAGGAGCUCCGUGCCAGGACGGCGGCCCAGUUCACCGCCGGCGAUCAGGGCGGCCCCCGGAAGAAAUCGGUGAAAAGAAAACGCAAGGAUGCUGUGGACGAGGAUGAGGCAGGAGGAUUCCACGGCAUGAGCUGA